GGUAGCAAUAUCUAUCUUAGUAACUCAACGUCAUGGCUCUUUAUGGAAAGUUAGAGAUUGAUGUAGAAAUUAAGGCUUCAGCUGAGAAGUUUCACGAAAUACUUCAUCAAAAGCCUCACCAUAUGUCGAAGGCCUCUUCAGAUAAAAUACAAAGCUGCGAGUUACAUGAAGGCGAAUGGGGCAAAGUUGGCUCGAUUCUCUAUUUCACUUACGUACAUGAUGGUAAGGUUUCUGUGGCAAAGGACGUUAUAGAAGCGGUUGACGAGGAGAACAAUUCAUUCACAUGGAAAGUGUUAGAGGGAGACCUUUUAGAGUACUACAAGAGCUUCAGAAUUAGAGUCCAAUCUAUCCCAAAGGAUGAGGGAAGUGUGAUUCACUUUACUUUGGAAUAUGAAAAGCUGCAUGAAGGAAUUCCAGAUUCUCAUAGUUUGCUUCAGCUUUGUGCUGAUGUCUCCAAAGACAUUGAGGCUUACCUUAUGGGAAACAAUAAUGAAGGUUCAUUUAUAGCCAAGGCAUGACCAACGAACCUCUCCCGCCACCCAUAGCUAAGGUGGUGGUAUUACUAUACUAUGGAAUAAUAAUUGGCAAUUACCAUGUUUCUAAUGGGUGUUUUAUACUUAAAUAAUGCUGUGAUUUAGCUUGUUCUGUGCCACCAUGCCACCAUUAGUUGGAGACAAGUGUUGUGAAAUGUUAUAAUCUUUGUAUGCUUUCUAAUAAAAUAGAAUAAAGUUUGUGUCUUGGUGCAAUAA